UCCCAGGAGCAGCAGGUGCUUCUUCACCGGAAAGCUGCUCCCUCAGGGCCUGGACUUGUCACGUCCCUCGUCGGGCUGAUGGUGCAGUUCCUCACAAUGGGAGAGGCUUUGCCUCGUCCUUCAGACUGGCCGUCGUCCCAGGGCGUGGUGCGGGGGUGGGGCCUCUUGGUGGAGCGCUUUGUCUCUGCUCCCCAGGCCCAGGCUCGGGAGCCGCAGUGGUGCCCAACACUUUUCUACGCUGCAUGUCGCCUCCAGCGGCUCGGAGCUCUGCGCCCUGGGCCGGCUUGCGCGCCGCUCCUCCCUUCCCCCGCCCCACGUCCCCCCUUCCCCGCUUUGCCCUCUUCCAAUAUGGCCGCCGCCGCCUCUGUGACCGGCCUGGUCACGUGGUGCCGCCGCCUGUGAGGUCGCAGAGGCUUGGACGGCGGCGAUUGUCCCUCCCCACGCGCCGUCCAGAGGCGUCGACUGCCCUUGUCAACCGGAGCCUGAGCGAUCAUGGCAACGGGCUCGGGCGGGGAGCGCGUGGCAGCGGCGGCGGCAGUUCGGUCGCGGCCCGCGGCGGCGGAGCAGCGGCGGCGGCGGUGGCAGUGGCGCUGGCACCGGCCCUGAGCGCCAUGCAGCGGGGCAGCUCCGACAGGGAGCUGGCGGCCGGGUGGGAGGCGGCGGCAGCGGCGGGGCCAGUCCGCGUGGACCCUGGCGCGUCCGGGGAGCCGGAGCGCAAGGCGAGGGAGGAGGGGGCCGCGGCCCGGGCCCCGGCGCAGCCCGCCGCGGCCGAGGAGGGCGACGCCCGUCUCCUCCAGCGGCCGCCGCCCACGCCGCCCGGGUUCAGGGUGAAGCCGGCGCCCGCGCGGGGCCUCGGGCCGCAGGGGAAGCCCCGGGGCAAGGGCCGAGGCGGCAAGCGGAGCCCGGGCCGCCGGUCGGACGAGUGCUACUCCGUGCGGCCAGUCACCGUGGACAGCUCCAAGGCCAGGACCUCGCUGGACGCCCUGAAGAUCAGCAUCCGCCAGCUGCAGUGGAAGGAGUUCCCUUUUGGCCGCCGCUCGCCCUGUGACAUCUACUGGCAUGGUGUUUCAUUUCACGACAACAACAUAUUCUCCGGUCAAGUGAACAAGUUUCCAGGCAUGACGGAGAUGGUGCGUAAAAUUACUCUGAGCAGAGCAGUGAGAAUUAUGCAGAAUCUGUUUCCUGAGGAGUACAACUUCUACCCUCGCUCUUGGAUUCUGCCUGACGAGUUCCAGCUCUUUACUGCUCAGGUUCAAAUGGUGAAAGACGGUGACCCCUCCUGGAAGCCCACUUUUAUUGUGAAACCCGAUGGUGGUUGUCAGGGUGACGGAAUCUACCUCAUUAAAGACCCCAGUGACAUCCGCCUGGCAGGGACCCUGCAGCGCCGGCCGGCGGUGGUCCAGGAAUACAUCUGCAAACCUCUCCUUAUCGACAAGCUCAAGUUUGACAUUCGCCUGUAUGUCUUACUGAAGUCCUUAGACCCCUUAGAGAUUUACAUAGCCAAAGAUGGACUCUCCAGAUUUUGUACAGAGCCAUACCAGGAGCCCACUCCCAAAAACCUGCACCACAUCUUUAUGCACUUAACCAACUACUCCCUGAACAUCCAUAGCGGUAACUUUGUCCACUCGGACAGCACUAGCACAGGCAGCAAAAGGACUUUUUCUAGCAUUCUUUGUAGAUUGUCUUCCAAAGGCGUUGACAUCAAGAAGGUCUGGUCUGAUAUCAUCUCCUUGGUGAUUAAGACCGUCAUUGCCCUGACUCCAGAGCUCAAAGUUUUCUACCAGUCGGACAUCCCUGCAGGGAGGCCGGGGCCCACAUGCUUUCAGAUUUUAGGCUUUGACAUUCUUCUAAUGAAAAAUCUGAAGCCUAUACUACUUGAAGUUAAUGCAAAUCCCAGCAUGAGAAUUGAACAUGAGCAAGAACUUUCUCCAGGGGUGUUUGAAAAUGUCCCCAGCCUUGUCGAUGAGGAGGUGAAAGUGGCCGUGAUCAGAGACACCCUGCGCCUCAUGGACCCACUGAGGAAGAAAAGAGAGAACCAGUCUCAGCAGCUGGAGAACCCACCAGCCGGAAAGGAAGAUCCUUCCGACAAUGAUCUGGCCAUCGUCUCGGAAGGCAACCCCAAACCUGAAGCCCACCUGCCCUCCAUCUGCCUCAAGCAGGUGUUCCCCAAGUAUGCCAAGCAGUUCAACUACCUGCGCCUGGUGGACAGGAUGGCAAACUUGUUUAUCCGGUUCCUGGGAAUCAAGGGGACAAUGAAGUUAGGACCAACAGGCUUCCGUACCUUCAUAAGGAAUUGCAAGCUGAGCAGCAGCAGCUUGUCUAUGGCCGCCGUGGACAUCCUCUACAUCGAUAUCACAAGGAGAUGGAACUCCAUGACCCUGGACCAGCGGGAUUCAGGGAUGUGCCUGCAGGCCUUCGUAGAGGCUUUCUUCUACCUGGCUCAGAGGAAGUUCAAGACGCUGCCCCUGCACCAGCAGGCGGCCUCGCUGGUCGACCUGUGUGAAUACCACCUGUCCCUGCUGGAUGAAAAGCGGCUGGUGUGUGGCCGGAGCGGCAGGUUUGGGAGCCAGCGCCCUCACGGCGGCAUGCCCCAGGAAGCCACCCCGGCUGCCCCGCUGGUGGAGGGCCACCUCCCACCCGGCACCGGCAAGCUCUCCCAUUCCACACGCGCUUUGUCCUGAGGGCCGCUCUGUCCUCCCGGAACAAGCAAGCCCUUCCUUCAGGGCUGGAGAGAGGCCUGGGCUUCCCACGCGGAGCCACGCCGGCUGCCGGGAUUCCUGCCGGGACUCUGCGAGCUGUGGGUCCUGCGCUUCGGGAGGCGGCCUGACUCGCACCCGCCUUCCUCCCAGCGCCUCGUGGUGGUAAACCUGUUUGCAAGUCACAGUGGACAUAUGACAUCCCAAAGGUGACAGAUGGCAUCUCCUAUUCUGAGCUCAUGGGAAGCGACAGUGGGGGUGAAACUGUUGUGUUUGGGGAACCAGCAGCCCAGGCUGCGCGGUGGUGAGGAAAGGACGUGAGGCAGCCGAGUCCUGGGUCUGCGGGGCCCAGCGGGAGCGCUGGCUGGAGCCCGGGAGCAUCAUGCCUACUUCCUGCCUCCGCUCUGUGGGAUGGAGUGGAAAUGCCCGCGACUCCCCUCCGAUCAUGUGCUACUUGGGUGUAGUUAACAGAUUAGCCUCGUUUAUUUCAUUAGCUUGCCUACUGCUGCAGUGUUCGGUUUGUUAUUAAUUAAGAAAUAAUUAACUAAGAAGUCACUACAGCUUCUCAAGUCUUCAAGCUGGCAGGAGCCACAGGGGUCAUUUUGCCUGAUUUUGUUUGACCUUGACCCCAAGGCAGGAGUCCCAUGGUUGUAUGGCCUCUGACUGAAGCCCUCCCCAUUUGGGGUGCUCUCUGUGUGGCCAGCACUGCCCAGGGCUCCUGUGUGCUGGGCGUCCUGGGUGAGGAGGAGGCUCCUGAGGGGAGGAGACAAGACCUGGUGAGGGUUAGGAUGAAGAGGAACAUGAGGCCAGACCCAGGUGCCAGAGGUGAUGGGAGGAAAAGGGGAGCUCCUUGCAUAAGAGUAGGCUCCCCUCUUAUCUCCACCUGUGUCCCCUCCUCUCAGAGAGGAAGCCUCACAGGCAGCCACAGGGGCAUUGUGGGUAUGGCCGCGGGCAAGUGCAGGCCCAGGGCCAACCAACAGGUGGACGGAGGCUGCCCUUGCAGAGUCACGCUCCCCACAGCAUUGUUGGAUUUGGGUUAACGUGGCCCUUUAAUGCGUCCUGGCAGCCCUGGGAAGAGUUGAUAUCACACUCCGAGUCAAAAGGAUGCCAGGUCUGAGGGCAUCAGCACAGUGCCAGGCACACAGGAGGCUCAUGAAAUGCUCGCAAAGGAAGGGCAAGGAGGGUCCUGUGGGCAGGAGUGUGCCCCGGACCAGCACAUCUGUCUGCCUCCCCUGCCGUCCUUGUCUUCUCCCUCCCACCACCCGCCCUGUCUCCUGAGUCCCCUUCACUCAGGCCCACUGGAGCAGUUGAGGCAGCACACACACGGCCGUACACAGUCAUGAGCAACUUGCACUCAGUCUCCCAGGAAUGUUGCCAAACCCAAAGACAAGGUUGUUAAUCAAGAUCCUGCCCACUCUUAGCCAGUUACUUUACAGCAGGGGGCCCACCUGAAUCCUUGCUGGACCCUCCUUCCAGCCAGCCCAUUCUCUCAAUAAAACCUGCUUCCCCUGCAUAUGGCUCCCAGGCAACGCCCUGUCUGCGGCCUCCUCCCUCCUGCUCCUCAGAACACAGGACUGAGCCAAGGCCACUCCCUUCCCACCUGGAGGCAGGCUGCUCCGCCAGGGUCAGGGUCUAGAUCUAGAAGGAGUCCCCAUCCCUGCAGACACAGCAGAGUAAGCCCUGCCCCCCACACCCCACAGGGUGUUAGGGAAAUGAGGCUGCUGGUUUACAGGAGGCCUGACAGACGGGCCCUGUUGAUCAGAGGCCGCUCCAUCACCAGAGUGAGUGAAGGGAGACUGUCCCACCUCUUUGGUGUCUAACGGAAGCCCCACCGUGUUCGCCCUUCUGGUAACUGGCCACCGGUUUUGCAGGGUGUGACUGAAGCGAUAGCCAAAGCAGACGUUUCCUUCCUCCUAGCAGAGAGGCUGGACCCAGAGCCCAGGCCAGAGCCCAGCCCUGUGCUUGCCUGUGGGAUAAGCCCGUCCCAAGAAGGCCCUCGCCUCCACCGGCCUCCUCUCCCCACUCCCUCCGGCUGAUUCCCCCAGGCUGUCCAGCCACCGGCCCUCACUGUUCCUCUGACUGAGUCCCUGAGGGCAGCCUCCAGCAGGGGCUCACCUGCCUUGUUUGGGGUGCGUGCAUCACUGGGCAUGGGAGAUGUCGCCGCAGCACCGCGGCCUGGCCAGAACAGGCAGCAGAAGGUGCUUGUAAAGGCGCGUUGGGUCCAGGGCAGCUGUUACCAGGGCCUCUGGAGGCAGCACCUCCAUCUUCUAAACAUGCCUCCUUCCCCUGUGUCUCCCUGAGGCUCUGUCCACUCUCCCUAGCUCAGACCUCAUCUCUCUCCUGCCUCUCAACCCCUCAAUCCGUCCUCCAUUCCUCUCGGAUGGAAGAACUCAGAGAACCACAGGCUGACCGCAGGAACCCCUACUCCAACCAACCCUCAUCCCUUCCCUGAUGAAGCCCCAGACCUUGACGCCAGCACUCAAGGCCCCUCAUAAUCUAAUCCCUUUCUUCCUGAAACACCUUAGAUCCACACCUCAGGUGCCCUGCCCAUGCCCCCGUGCUCCCACUGCUCUUUGUAUCUGUUUUUUUAUUUUAUUUUAAUCUUUAUUGUUGGAAGUAUUACAUAGGUACUUCUUUUUCCCCAUUAAUCUCUUCUAGCCCUCUCCCUUCUGCCUCCCCGCCCCCCACCCCAGGUUCUCAUCACCCCAUUGUCUGUGUCCACGGGUUAUGCAUAUAGGCAUACAAGUUUAUUGGUUGAUCUCUUCUCACCCACCUGCCUUCCCUCUGAAGUUCAACAGUCUAUUCAUGCUUCUGUGUCUCUGUGUCUAUUUUUGAUCCUCAGUUUAUUUGGCUCAUUAGAUUCCACAUAUGAGUGAGAUCAUGUGAUACUUAUCUUUCUCUGACUGGCUUAUUUUGUUCAGCAUAAUACUCCAAGUUCAUCCAUGCUGUUGCAAAUGGUAAGAGGUUUUUUCUUUUUUUAUUGCCGCAUAUCCAUUGUGUAAAGGUUUUUUUUACCCCAGUUUUUUUAUUCACUCAUCUGCUGAUGGGCACUUAGGCUGUUUCCAAAUCUUGGCAAUUGUAAAUAGCGCUGCUGUGAACAUAGGGGUGCAUAUAUUCUUUCUGAUGAGUGUUUUGGGUUUCUUAGGAUAUAUUCCUAGAAGUGGGAUCACUGGGUCAAAUGGCAGUUCCAAUUUUAAUUUUUUGAAGAAAGUCCAUACCGUUUUCCAUACAGUAUGCAUUCCCACCAGCAGUGAACUAGGGUUCCUUUUUUCUUUUCUUUUUUUUUUAAAAAAUAUAUUUUAUUGAUUUUUACAGAGAGGAAGGGAGAGGGAUAGAGAGUUAGAAACAUCCAUGAGAGAGAAACAUCGAUCAGCUGCCUCCUGCACACCCCCUACUGGGGAUGUUGCCCUCAACCAAGGUACAUGCCCUUGACCGGAAUUGAACCUGGGACCUUUCAGUCCAAAGGCCGAUGCUCUAUCCACUGGCCAAACUGGCUAGGGCAGGGGUUCCCUUUUUCCACAACCUCGCCAACACUUGCAGUUUGUUGAUUUGUUGAUAGCCAUUCUGACAGGUGUGGGGUGAUAUUGUCGUUGUGGUCUGCAUCUCUCAGAUGAUUAGUGACUUUGAACAUUUUUUCAUAUGCCUCUUGACCUUCUGUAUGUCUUCUUUCAAAAAGUGUCUAUUUAGGUCCUUUGCCCAUUUUUUAAUUGGAUUGUUUGUCUUCCUUUUGUUAAGUUGUACGAGUUCCCUAUAUAUUUUGGAGAUUAACCCCUUACUGGGUGUAUCAUUGGCAAAUAUUGGGCUCUCUUGUUGUUUUGUUGAUGGUUUUUUGCUGUGCAGAAGCUUUUUAUUUUCAUGUAGUCCCGUUUAUUUUCUCCUUGUUUCCUUUGCCCUAGAACAGUGGUUCUCAGCCUUCUGGCCCUUUAAAUACAGUUCCUCAUGUUGUGACCCAACCAUAAAAUUAUUUUCGUUGCUACUUCAUAACUGUAAUGUUGCUACUGUUAUGAAUUGUAAUGUAAAUAUCUGAUAUUCAGGAUGGUCUUAGGCGACCCCUGUGAAAGGGUCGUUCGACCGCCAAAGGGGUCACGACCCACAGGUUGAGAACCGUUGCCCUAGAAGAUGUAUCCGUAAACAUAUUGCUGUGAUAGCUGUCUGAGAUUUUGCUGCCUAUGGUUUCUUCUAAUAUUUUUAUGGUUUCAUGUCUUACAUUUAAGUCUGUUAUCCAUUUUGAUUUUAUUUUUGUGUAUGGUGUAAGUUGGUGGUCUAGUUUUAUUUUUUUGCAUGUAUCUGUCCAAUUUUCCCAACACCAUUUAUUAAAGAGACUGUCUUGACUCCAUUGUAUGCUCUUGCCUCCUUUGUCAAAUAUUAAUUGAGCAUAAGGCUUGGGUGAAUUUCUGGGUUCUCUGUUCUGUUCCAUUAAUCUAUAUGCCUGUUCUUGUGCCAGUACCAGGUUUUUAGUACAGUGGCUUUGUAGUAUAACUUGAUAUCUGGUAUUGUGAUCCCUCCAACUUUGUUCUUCUUUCUCAAGAUUUCUACAGCUAUUCGGGGUCUUUUUGAUUCCAUAUAAAUUUUGGGGUAGUUUGUUCUAUGUCUGUGGAAUUUGCCGUUGGUAUUUUAAUGGCGAUUGCAUUGAAUCUAUAGAUUGCUUUGGGUAGUAUGGACAUUUUAAUGAUGUUGAUUCUACCAAUCCAUGAAUACUGUAUAUUCUUCCACUUGUUUAAAUCUUCCUCAAUCUCUUUUUUCAACAUCCUGUAGUUUUCCGAGUACAGGUCUUUUACCUCCUUGGUUAGGUUUAUUCCUAGGUAUCUUACUGUUUUUUGUCUUUGUAUCUAUUUUCACCAUCUGGGAAGAGAACAUUCUGGUUCUUACCACGAUGGGAAGGCCACGGGGUGCAGGCCCACUCCGUGCUCUCCUGUCCUUGCAUUUGUUAUCCCCUCUCCCUCUGUCCAUGGAAACAUUCUCUUUCAAGGUCAAGCUCAAAUGUUCCCUAUGCAAAUCCCCUAAACAGAAUGAACCACACCCUCCUGUACCUGUGGGAACCUGGGAAGUUCCUUCAUUAUUAUCACACCUGCCCUGUGGCAUCCCAGCUUUGCUCCCACCAAGCAGUAAGUUCUUUCAGAGCCAGGCAGAUGCAGGGCUCAUGCCGGCCCCUGGGUAGUCCGUGUCAGCUGUCUCUCCUGCUCCGCAGCUUGCAAUUGCACAGGGUGGGGUGGGUCAGAUCAGAUGAUCCCCACGUGAGUGCUGCCAGUGGGGUGGCGGGACCCGCUGGGGAGGAGCCCAGACACUCGGAAUGGCGCUCUGUGCCUUUUCUAGAACCAGCUCCCUUCCCACCGAAUUUGACAUCAGUUCAGUACAGCACAGUUUACAGAGCACUUUCACAGCCCCUCCUCAUCCAGUCCCCCACAGCCCAGCAAUGGAUAGGGGAUUCUCAUCACCAUCUCUUCACAUUCGGGGCCUUGUGGCUGAGCCUGGACUCCUAAGGAGGUCCCCUGCCCUAAAUCCCGUGCUCCUUUCUUGGCACCAUAGCUGAGCAACCCAGCGGGGAGAGGGCUUGGGCCCAUUUCAUAGAUGUGGAAACCCACGUCUCAGAGAGGCUGCGAGAGUCUGGGGGCUCAGCUCAGGGCUGUCUGAUCUGACCUCCUCUUGCUGAGCCCCCAGAAGGGCUCGAUGGGCCACGUGCAUCCUACGGGCUCCGGGUCCCUGAGCCUCGUGAGGGGGCACAGGCCUCUCUCACUUGAUCUUUGGGAAUGAAGAAUGGAAAGGAUGGUACACGUGGAAGCGUUUCGUAAAACAGAGUGCUGCCCAAUGCCAUGUUGUCUUCAGACAGGCUCUCGUGUAAGCCAGGUGUGAGGAGGGGGAGGGAAAGGUUCCUUCUUGAACGUUGUAAUCCAUCAAGACAGACGCGGCAGCCACCCGCUCCCUCGGUGCCUCCCGCCAUCCUCCCACGCGAAGACAUCCACGAGCUGAGAAAUGGCCUCUGCUGCUCCCCUGGCACCUGGCGUUUGCCUUGUGAUUGGCCGAGUAUCACAGCAGAAUCGCUUAAUUGUUUUAAUGUCUUGAUUAAUGGCCCUGCAGUUGAGAAUUGGGCUGGAAACGCUGGGCAUCUGAGCGCCUUCCCUGGAAGCUGAGAAAGGACGCCCUGUCCCUCUGGGAGCCCGGUCCCCUCCACGGGGUGCGAACUCACCGCAGACCCUCCUCGCCUUGAUGGAGCCUUCUGCCAGUCUCCUGCUUGGUUUGAUGGAUGUGAGGGACAGUUCCCCGUGUGGCAUAUGGAUUUCUCCCGCUUGGGAUAAGUUCACAUUUUUUUCUGUUCCCAGGGACAAAGGAGCUUUGCAGAACAGUCAACAUAUUCAAUUACCUCCAUCUCUAGUGACCAAAAGUCUUAAUUUGUAUGUAACUAGAAAGGCCCAGUGCUUGUGCAUACGGUACACACACACACGCACACACACGCGCACACACAUGCACAUGCACACACAUGCAUGCACACAUGCUGAGCACCACUGAGCUUUGGUAUAAAAUGGCAAAAUGACCGAUGUUUUUCUCGUUUUUGACAAUUGGCCUCUGAGUCUCACGUUGGGAGCAGAGAACAAGGGGCUCGGUGCACCCGGGGGUAACAUAUGAGCCCACCAAGAGCUCGUGGAAAUGUUUCCUCCCACGCAGAGGCGUUUGCUAAGGUUCAACCAGCGCCCUCGUCUCAGGCCAUGGGGACCUGCCAGCUUCCCCGGGCCCCUCCCGGCUGCAGAGGCCAGGCCAGGAGCUGGACAGUGAAAGAAAUCAGCGGGAUGUUCUCCCUUCUGAGUGGGGAAGACGAGGGCUGAGAAUCCCGGACGGGCCCUGGGUGAUGGUGGGAAGGGCGAGGGGCUGGGUGUUGCUGUCUGACGCUCUAAGUGACCAGGGACUUCACCUCUUUGCCCUCGUCCUGGCCUCUACGGUGGAGACCGUGCCAUCAUGAGUGUGAGGAGCCUGGUUGGGACCUGGCACCAGGGAAGCAUCUUAAUAAAUGUCCCCUGAGGAAAGGAGAGGGAUCCAGGGAGUCCUCUGCCCACCUCGUGGCCCCUGAGGCCUGGCCAGAGCGCCCGGUGCUCGAGCCUCCUCCCUCCGUGGGGCCUUUGCUGCUUGCUGGGCUGCUCCUGCCUCUUAACGGCUUUUGAAAAUUCUUUAUUAAAUUUUCAUGGCGCAUAAAGUCGAGGUUCCAUCACUCGGCCUCAGUUGUCUUGGUAAUUUUGUAAAAUGCAAUAAUAAAAUGAAGCUGAAUGUU